AUGGAGCAGAGGAUGCUGGACUACGCCCUGCCGGCCACGGGAGGAUCGCCAGUUUGCUCAGUGCCUUGGCAGCUUUUUAACCCUGCUAAAUGCGUGGUGCAGACCUCACAACAUGCCCGAGAACCCGUUCCCCUUCCCGCCUCGUGGUCCCUCCUCGCUGACCACCAGACUCCACGUUGCAGCCCACUGCUCCGUGGAGAUGCUCAGGAAACCAACAAGGAUGUGCCUCCCAGCGGGUCAAGAGUUAUCCAACAGCAGUGGUUUCAAAGCCAUGAACCCGGACUUGUGCAGCUGGUGAAUUACUACAGGGGAGCAGACAAGCUGUGCCGCAAAGCAUCUCUGGUGAAGCUAAUCAAGACAAGCCCUGAACUAUCGGAGUCCUGCACGUGGUUCCCCGAGUCAUAUGUGAUUUACCCAACAAACUUGAAGACUCCCGUGGCUCCAGCACAGAAUGGAAUUCGCCAUCUCAUAAACAACACAAGGACAGAUGAGCGGGAAGUCUUCUUGGCAGCUUACAACAGGCGGCGGGAAGGCAACGAAGGCAACGUGUGGAUCGCUAAGUCCUCAGCUGGUGCCAAAGGGGAAGGGAUCCUGAUUUCUUCAGAGGCUGCAGAGCUCCUGGACUUCAUCGAUGAGCAGGGACAAGUGCACGUGAUUCAGAAAUACCUGGAGAAGCCUCUGCUUUUAGAGCCAGGGCAUCGCAAAUUUGACAUCAGGAGCUGGGUUCUCGUGGAUCAUCAAUAUAAUAUCUACCUCUACAGAGAGGGUGUCCUGCGGACCUCUUCCGAACCAUAUAACAGUGCUAAUUUCCAGGACAAAACCUGCCACUUGACCAAUCACUGCAUUCAGAAGGAAUAUUCCAAAAACUACGGGCGGUAUGAGGAAGGGAAUGAAAUGUUCUUCGAGGAGUUCAACCAGUAUCUGAUGGAUGCCCUGAACACGACGCUUGAGAAUAGCAUCUUACUGCAAAUCAAACACAUAAUAAGAAGCUGCCUUAUGUGUAUAGAGCCUGCGAUCAGCACGAAGCAUCUUCACUACCAGAGCUUCCAGCUCUUUGGCUUUGACUUCAUGGUGGAUGAGGAGCUGAAGGUCUGGCUGAUAGAAGUCAAUGGGGCCCCGGCGUGUGCCCAGAAGCUGUAUGCAGAGCUCUGCCAAGGAAUUGUGGAUGUAGCCAUCUCUAGCGUUUUCCCCCUCAACGACACUGGGCAGAAGACGAGCCAGCCAUCAUCGAUCUUUAUCAAGCUGUGAUGACAACAGGAAUGCCUCUGCUGUGCACAGGGAGAGGCUGCACCCAUCGGGUCAGCACAGUUCGGUGGCUUAUCUCAGUAUCAUGCCAAAAAGUGAUAGAGACAGGCUUCUUAUUUUCUGGGAAAUCAUGGGGAAAAACAACAAAACAGGCAUCCACACAGAGCUGCGAUGAGCUAGAGCUGCUCAGAUAACUCUGCCUGCAUUCACCAAAAUCCACUUUAGAAACAGCUCGUGUGACUUUGAUAUCUGAAACAAAUCUCUCUGGGACAACAACAAAAUAACCUUAAAAUGAAACCCCAACAGGGAUACUAUAAUACUGUAUUAGCGCCUCCUUUUCUAUAGAGAUAACAUUGGGUUUUUUAAGGGAAUUGAGCGAAGAGAACGAUGAUCGUCCGGGACGUCAUGGCUGGGAAGUUGUCCUCCUCCUGCUGUGUUUCUUCUUUCCUCACCUACUGCAUCAUUAGUGCCUUAGCUCAGCUCCAAAUAGGUGACUCCUUUCCUUUGUUCCUGCCCUAUUACGUAGAAAGGAGCAAGCUCUCUUGCAUCGCAGGAUGCCUAAAACCAGGAACACCAAGAAUUCAGUUUCCUUAGGUCAUUUUCUAAGUUGGUUUGCUGAACACCCGGGCAACGGCUGGCAAAAGGGUGCUGAACUGCAGGUGGUGAAUUAACCCAAGCAAGGAAGGCAAUUUUGUUUAUUUAUAGCUAUCCCUUUUCCUAAUGAGAUUUGAAUCAGUGUCCAUCCCAGUCUGAUGCAGUUGGAUUUUGUUCAAAAGAGGUAGAGAGACGCCCUCAGGGCUCACCGGCAGGCUGUAGGAUUUCUAGCAUCACUUUUGUGCUAAGAGUGUUUCAAACAGCAGAAACCCGAUCUCCUCAGUUUCUUCUGAGACACUGCAGUGAAUUUAGGCUCUUCUCUCAGCUUUCACCUUCAUGCAUUUGAGGCUUGAAUCUGAAACCUUUCAACCCAAAUGAUUUUUAUCCCGUUUGAUCCAGCCAAUUUUAUUCUCUUCCAUUUGACAACUAUUGCAAUUUUCUGCCCUGAGCACAGUCCACAACUUGGUCCCAGCUAGGGGGAAGGUGGGUGAGGUUUUGUAGACCAGGAGAGAGAUUCCUUGUGUAUAGGUUUGCCACACAGCUGGGAAGGCAGGUGUUUUGGGGGAGAAGUUAAAUUCCUUGAGGUCCCUGAAUUUCAGAGCUAACAUCUACUUUGACUAUAACCUAAAUCCCUGGCAUAUUGCCCACCCUGUGAAGUGUUUCUGAAUUUUCAGCAUGAGCCCAGCACAUCCCUCCUAAGCUGGAGCUCUUUGCAGAGCACAGUGGCACUUGUAACAGCAGCGUGCUUUGUGGGGGGUGUUCAGGGCUGUGUUCUGCUGCCUCUGGCAAGGAGAGAUGGUUGGUACUGAAAUAAAAUGGUUCCUGUUGCCCAAAACAAACAAGAAGAUACUGUGGAGGUUACGAGCUUCUGGCUGCCUGUGUGUAACGGGAAGUGAAUCAAUGGGAUUUCUGCCUUCCUCAGAAGAUCCUAGCGCUUUGGCAUACUCGUCUCUGCUCGUGAUGGAGAUUUCAGAGGUCUUCAUGCCAGCAGACGAACCUGGCACCUUUCUGUAGGCAGGACUGAAGUGCCCAGGCCUCCUUGGACUGAUGCAUUUUGAUCGUGCUGUCAUGGGAUGGACAUUCGUUGCGAUAUGCUGUGAAUCCAGAAGUGGCACCAUUUCACACAGGGCCACUCAAAUCCAGGAGGGAACAGAGUGCUUAGCAAAACCCUGCGGAAGCAUCACAGAGAGGGCACAUCCCAAAGAGCUGCACAAGCACCUCUGAAGUUGUGGACACCCUGAAGCGCGGCGUGGAUCUGCAUCUGCAGGGGGUGUGGCGGACGCAGGGUGCAUGCUGAGAAGUGACAGGGAGCAGGAGCUGUGUGAAAACGGGGCUGCGGCUUUGUUCCCCUGCACUGUAAGUGCUGGCGGGUGGCUUUGCUUCCAGCGAGACCCCGAGUGCCAGGUCUGGUCUCCGGAUUUGGGCCUCGUGGGUGUUCAGAAGAGGGACCGUGAAUGCGUCAGUUUGUGAGGCAGGAAACACUGGGUGAUAAGCUGGGAGAGGGGUGUGGGGGAAGGACUGGUUGGGUUUUUUAACCUUAUGAUAGCACAUAGGUGUCAAAAUUUCACUGCAGGCCAGGUAAAGAGUAGCGGUAACACCCCAAGGUAAAAUGUAGGCUGUAACGGUCGUUACUCAACUUGCAAAGUUCACCACGUCUCCAUUGGCAUUUUCAUGUUAGCUCAUGUGAGCUUAAAAAUUACACCUUUUUGCCCAGCAAAGGGAAGAUCUAAUAGCAAUCGCUCUGGUCCACGAUGUGGUGCCUGAGGUGACAGAGGAAACGUUGGGCUCUCGCAAGCUCUAGGGCAGACGAGAGCAGAGUGCAAAGUGAGAAGAGAAAAUUCUCCCCAUCGUAAUAAAAUGAGAAAUGCUCAUUUUCUGGGGUGCUAGACCCAUCCUUCUUUUCCUCUCAAAAGGGAAAUUAAACAACCAAAUCACUCCCUUACUGCACAGUAAUGUGAGAUUCCUGUCGAGUAGUGGGAUAAGGGCAAGAAAGCUGCCCGGAUGCAGGCAAAAGCAGCGGCCCCCACUGGAGCAGCUGGUACCGCCGGGAGGAGCAGUGACUCAGGAGCCUCUGCCUAACUCCAAGGACAUUUCUUCCCCCUUUUUCACCCCGGAUUGUGUUGUGGCGCGUCAGCAGCUGGCUGUUUUUGCUGCUCAGCUAAAAGUGUGGCUUCAACUUGAUGGCAGAGCCAUGAUCACAGGCAGUGCAGCUAUUCAUACCCUGCCUUUUCAGCUGCGCUUGGGGGAGAUAGUGAUUCAGGGACACUUUAAUCAUUGGCUUGUUUGCUGAAUUUUUCAGAAAUAAGCAACAGCCUCUGGAGGAAAACAGCAGGUAUCGCGUGUAUUUACCACCUGCUCUCAAGUGCUCCCCAAGGUAAAGCAUAGGAGGUGAAUGAUAAAGGACAGAGAGCACAGUGCCUAAGGUCUUGCCCAAAAUACUAGCUACGAGGUGGAGUAGAGGAUGUGUGUAUUGCUGAGGCCUGAGCAUUGCAGCCACGGGUGCACCUUGCAAGUGAUGCUCACAAGCCCUUGUGAGACUUUUGUUUGUUUCUUUUUUUUAGGAAUACACAACAAUAAAUGUUUUCUAGCUUAUUUCAGCUAAAAGGUCAAUAGAAAGGGUCUUACUCUGUUUCCUGAGCUUUCACAAAGAAUGGUGCUGGGUUUCCAGAAGACACCUACCAUAUUGCAGAACGUCUCUAGUCUUAGUUGUAUCCCUUCAUGUCAGCCAUGAAGGAUUUCAGGCCCAGGUGCUCUGGCUGCGUUUUCCAGCAGGGUCUGGUCCCGCUGGACUCUGGGUUUCAGGUAACUCCCAUGUGGCUUGUCUCAUACCAGGCUAGUCGUGAUUACCAUGCAACAGCUAUUGUGCUCCUGCCGAAAUCCAGUAGCUGGCCACAGCCCACGGAAAACACUGGAGAAGUCUAAGAAAGGCUCAAAAACCACUUCAUCCAGGUGGCCCGGCUUCCCAGCUCUGCUGUGACCAGCACCCUUCAGGACUGCUUGCAUGUCCCUGCUCCCAGCAUUUCUUGUUCUCCACAUGCAGCUCUUCCCCAGGAGAGCAAUGCUGUGCCGUACGUAGGUUCAUAAUCAUGUCUCAUUGCCAGUGUCUGCUGUGGCAGCCCUCAGAAAACCCUGGUGUUGAGAGGAUGGUGGGGUACAUACGGCGCUGCCAAGCUGGCAGCCCGACAGGCUCCAGUUCGUGUCCCCAGCUGCUCUCACGUCAGCAUGUGCGUGUGGGGCCAGCGGGUGCCUGAGCUUGUGGAUCUCUGGCGACUCUACCCACAUCUCUCCUAAACCAUCAUUAAAACAUGCAAACCCCA